AUGCCUUCAGUAGCUAGACUUGCCCGACAAUCGCCGAUCCUGCAGCAUAUCCGCCUCGCAACCACGAGCUCGUCCUCACCUGGCUCCACUGCUAUACGUACCCGUCGCGUCACAGUCACGAAUGACACAGGCGCCGUACCAUGGAAGGAACUCAAAAUGGGCGAGAAAGCUGCCCGAGCAACUCAGCAGUCAUUCAACUUCGGCCUCAUCAUGCUUGGCAUUACAUUGACAGGCGCAGUCGGCUACGUGCUAUGGCUCGAAGUCUUCAGCACGGACAGCAAGACCGCCAUCUUCAAUCGAGCAGCUGACCAAGUGCGAAAGGACCCACGAUGUAUCGAACUCUUAGCGGGGACUGAGGGUCUACACACAAAACGAGAGAUCAAAGCCUAUGGUGAGCCGAGCUGGAGCAGGUGGGCCAGGAACAGGACGAUCGCGAGCAGAAAUGAGACGGAUAGAGCGGGUGUGGAGCACAUGCACAUGCAUUUCUAUGUCGAGGGGCCGGCGGCAAAGGGGACGGUGCAGGUGCAUAUGUUGAGGAUGCCAGGACAGAAGGACUUUGAGUAUAAGAUGUUGGCUGUGGAUGUGCCGGGGCAAAAGAGAUAUUUCCUGGAGGGUGGCGAUGGCAUUAUCGGUGGGCAGAGGAGUCAGGGAAGAAUGUUUGGGGUGAGGUGGAAUUGA